AUGAUAGUAAGAACUGAUGUCAUUUUAACGAUGUACUGCGCACACGUGCAACGACGGGCGGCCGAGAUUUGUCGCCGUUUUUGCUUCGAGAGCCGCAGCGACUGGAGUUCGAGGUGUCGUGGUUGGGGCCGGUCGAUUGGUAAUCGACAGUAUUGCUUCGUGAAUUCUAUGAUCGAGACUUCGGUAAAAAAUCUACGCAUUUUGGAAGGAAUAUCUUCGCGAUCAUUUUCUGCAUUUUAA